AAGGUUAAAACCAAAGUUGUCGAUACCGUAUUGACAUGCGUAUCAGUUUUGUUAUUAGAACGGUGGUGCGGCGAUGCAGGGAGGACCAUUCGGCAUCGGCUACCGUCUCAAGUAUCAGGCCAGAUGCAUUUCCGAUGUCAAGGCAGACACAGAUCACACCGGCUUCAUCCCCGGAACUCUCAGCCUCAAAGAAGAAAACGAGGUGCAUUUGAUUCGGCUCUCUUCCGACCGAAUGGAGCUCAUAUGUGAGCGCUUGUUUUCGCAUCCUAAUGAGAUAUGGGAUCUCGUUUCGUGCCCCUUUGAUCAACGCAUGUUCUCCACCGUUUUCUUUACCGGUAACUGUUGUUUUCCCCUUUUUUAUGUUUAUUUUGUCAUUCAAUCACCCAUGUCCAUUUGGACUUUAUCCCUGAACGUUGUUUUGUUAGAUUUUCACUAGUUUUCACAAUUCUACAGCUUCGUUAGAUCUUUAACUGCUAGAAACUUCACUUAGUAUGUCAUUGGAUCCUUUUAUAGAAUUUCUGUCAAAGCUAUGCUGUUGCCAUGUAUUGGAAUAUGUG